AUGAUACAGUUUGAAAUGCUACUGAACGUCAUCUUUGUUGCAGGUGGUGAGGGAUGCUGUCCUGCAGCCCUUAAUGCAUCUAUGCCAAACAAGAUGGAGGCAUUGAGUGACACUUGUUUGCAAAUUCCAUGUUCAUUUGAGUCGGUACCAUCAAAUCUACUCGAUAAAAACAAAACCUUUAUUGGUUUAUGGCUAAAAUCGACUCACCAUUUUGGGCCUCAUCCAGAAAGUGUGGUUUGCAACGGCAGCAAAACCAAUAAUACAUUUCCAAUAAGUAUCAUUGGGAAUAUGAGUGAAUACAACUGCACAACCGUUUUUACAAACAUGAACUCAAGUUAUGCUGAUGUAUAUUACUUCAGAGUUGAAAGAGGUUACAUGGCAACUGACACCUGCAAUCCUCUUACAAUCACAGUUAAAGAUUCAGCCCCAGCACCCUCCAUACAGACCCUCCAGGAGGGACCACUAACGGAGAGGAGCAGGGUAACGUUCACCUGCAGGGCCUUUGCACCCUGUCCCACCCAGCCGCCUCACCUGAGCUGGAACCAGUCAGGAGGCCCUGAGGGUCGGCGGGAACCGCACGGAGACCAAGAGCCUAACGUCAGGACCCGGGGGCUGAAUAUCACUCUGUCAGACCGACAUCACGGGGUCAGCCUCACCUGUCUGGCGGAGUAUCCGGUGAACGACCCAGCAGGCGGGCCCAGCAACAGAACAGCAGAGAGCGUCGUGACGCUCAACGUUUCCUAUUCCCCGAAGGAUACCCAGGCCUCCGUCAGCCCCCCCACGGUGUCGCUGGGCAGUGUGGUCAACCUGACGUGCACCAGCAGAGCCAACCCCCCCGUUCUCCGGUUCACCUGGUUCAGGAGCAGUGCGGAGGGACCCCUGAACGUGUCAGAUGGAUCUUUGUACAGCUUCAAUGUGUCCAGCUACAGAGACAUCUACUACUGCGUGGCCACGAAUCCCUUGGGAAACCAAACAUCAGAAGAGAUUAAGCUAACUUUCAGUGGUGAAAGCGUUGGAUUGAAUGUCCCUCUGAUAGUGAGAUUCUUAAUCGGUAUCGUCUUCUCUAUUGGUCUGGUCAUCUCUGUCCUGUGGUUACUGAAGAAACGUUCAACACGAUGCAUUGGACUGCAGCGCUUCACACGUGAAAGUAGCUGGUACGAGAUGAGGUUCAUCACGAUGAUCCAGUUGGAAAUGCUACUGAAUGUCACCUUUGUUUCAGGUGGUGAGGAAUCCUGUCCUGCAGCCCUUCAUGCAUCUAUGCCAAACAAGAUGGAGGCAUUGAGCGACACUUGUUUGCAAAUUCCAUGUUCCUUUGAUUCAGUACCAUCAAAUCAAUUGGAUAAAAGCAAACCAAUUUAUGGUGCAUGGAUGAAAUCUUUCUACCUUGUUUCUCAUUUGGUUUUCCACAGCAACAUACAAGAUAAUAUAUAUCCAAUUAGUAUCAUUGGGAAUAUGAGAGAAUACAACUGCACAACUGUUUUUGCAAACAUGACCUCAAGUUAUGCUGGCGUGUAUUACUUCAGAGUGGACAGCACCAGUUACAGGGCAACUGACAUCUGCAGUCCUCUUAACAUCACAGUUAAAGAUUCAGCCCCAGCACCCUCCAUACAGACCCUCCAGGAGGGACCACUAACGGAGGGGAGCAGGGUAACGUUCACCUGCAGGGCCAUCGCACCCUGUCCCACCCAGCCGCCUCACCUGAGCUGGAGCCAGUCAGGAGGCCCUGAGGGCCGGCUGGAACCGCACGGAGACCAAGAGCCUAACGUCAGGACCCGGCGGCUGAAUAUCACUCUGUCGGACCGACAUGACGGGGUUCGCCUCACCUGUCUGGUGGAGUAUCCGGUAAACGGCCCAGCAGGCGGGCCCAGCAUCAGAACAGCAGAGAGCGUCGUGACGCUCAACGUUUCCUAUUCCCCGAAGGAUACCCAGGCCUCCGUCAGCCCCCCCACGGUGUCGCUGGGCAGUGUGGUCAACCUGACGUGCACCAGCAGAGCCAACCCCCCCGUUCUCCGGUUCACCUGGUUCAGGAGCAGAGCGGAGGGACCCCUGAACGUGUCAGAUGGAUCUUUGUACAGCUUCAAUGUGUCCAGCUGCAGAGAAAUCUACUACUGCGUGGCCACGAAUCCCUUGGGAAACCAAACAUCAGAAGAGAUUAAGCUAACUAUCAGUGGUGAAAGCGGAUUGAAUGUCCCUCUGAUAGUGAGAUUCUUUGGUACCUUCCUCUUUAUUGGUCUGGUCAUCUCUGUCCUGUGGUUACUGAAGAAGCCUUCAACUCGGCAACAGAAUCCAAUAUGCAAGGCGUCAGACAAGAAGGUGGAAGAGUAGAUCCACUGCGUAGAGAUCGACUUUGCCAAGCGAGGUGCUGUGCAGAACCCAGGUCUGCAGUGUAAAAAAGAACCGUAAAAAAAACGGAAGAUGUCUGACAGCAAAGUCUUCAGACAGAUAGUGUCAAAUUACAGUGAAUAAAAAGAGUACCAAAUGUAAUAAACUGUAAAAUACAGAGCAGAUUUAACAGUCAAAUUUAAAUAAAUAACAGUAUAUUCAUGUUGAUAAAUGGUCCAUAUUCAAACUGAUAUGAUACAUGUAAAAACGUGUAUGAUGUAAAAAUGUAUUAUUCGUUACUUCAUGAAACUGCCCAGUCUACCUACAGUAAUAUUCUAUUUU